CUUUCGAUGCAACGGUGUCAAUGGCGAUUUACACACGGCUUUCGUUUUGUUUCUGCCUCCCACCCGCCUGUAUGGGAAGAGCGGAACGGUAUUUCGAGUAGUAGUGUCGGUAGUGUCUUAUUUUUUGUGGCUGUGAUAUUAGUGUAGUUAUUGUACCACCCGUUACGCCGUCUCCGCCGGGCCGCAACACCGAGCAGUGGUUCUCCUGUGCCUCUUUAGCGUUGACGCGCUGCACCCCGGCGGGACUUCGAGCGGCGUCAUGACGCUCAUGGAGUUUAUCGGCUGCACCCUGAUCGGAUUCGGACCGGCGCUGUCCAUGUUCGCCAUCACCAUCGCCAGAGACCCAAUUCGCAUAAUCAUACUUAUCACCGCGGCGUUCUUCUGGCUGCUGUCGCUGCUGCUGUCGUCCAUCGUGUGGUUUGCAGUGGUGCCGCUUCGGAAGCAGUUGGCCUUUGGCGUCGUCUGCUCCGUGGCCUUCCAGGAGGCUGGCCGCUUUCUCUUUUACCGGGUGCUCAGGAAAGCUGAGUUGGGUCUGAAGAAGGUCACUGAAGUUGGCGCGGACGGUGCUGUCGUCUCCAGCUCUCGGACCACGCUUUCCUAUGUGUCUGGCCUGGGCUUCGGCGUGAUGAGCGGCGUGUUCUCACUACUCAACGUGCUCGCCGAUGCCAUUGGUCCCGGCACAGUUGGACUGAACGGCGGGUCGUCCGGCUUCUUCCUCACAUCAGCUCUGACAACGAGUGCGUUUGUGCUCCUCCACACCUUCUGGGGAGUGGUGUCCUUCCACGCCUUAGACCACGGACGCUGGCCCCUGGUGGCCUUUGUCGGCAUCGCCCACCUAGUCGCCUCAUGUCUGACACUGCUUAACCCGGCCGGCCUCUACGUCGCCUCCCUGGUGCCCAUCUGCCUCUUGCUGCUGGUGUCAGGUGUGCUGGCAUUCCAUGCAGCCGGUGGACGGGUUCACGCACUGAUGCGCUUCAAGGGUCAGAGCCUGCCACAGCAACAACAGCAGCAGCCGGCUUCACCUCAUUGAACAACGAUCCAUCCGCGGCAUGACUUGCGACAUGUCAGCGGGGCUGAUUGACAGACUGAAACGUUCCUCGUUCCCAAGCUUUUUGUUUCUUUUAUGAAUGUGUAUUCUUAAGACAAUGUCAUCCUGAAAUAAUUUUAUAGAUAUAUGUGAUAUUGAUUAAAGCAGUGUCAUUUACAUACUUGCCAA